CGACUCCCAACACACUCUCACUGCCACUUGCCAUUCUUUUUCUUUUCGUUUUAUUUAUUUAUAACUUCAUAUGAGAGAGACACAGAGAAAAACAAGAAGAAAGAAAAUCUCCGUAUGCUCCAAUGCCUUUAGCUUUGACUGCCCACUAUAGGCUCCAGAACCCAAAAACGUAGCAGCGGCAGUGAAGCAAUUGAUAAUCCUCUGCUACUGCUGCUGCUGCUCCCCCUGCUCACUGUCAGAGGCUUGAAAGAAAGAGGGCGGUGGUUUGGCUUUUGAAGUAAGUUUUGAAAGCUGAAAGCGCUAAUUCAGAGACACCAACAACAACAACAACAUCAACCAUAGAUUUCUUCACUUGACCCUUUUGCUAAUCUUCGGGUCAGAAGCAGAACACCCUAUUAUUCACAAACUUUCUCUCUUGUAUGGGAAUAUAAGAGAAAGAGGGAAGGAUAGAGAGACACUGCACUGCGCCUAACUGAUCACAAGUUGGUUGGUAGAGUUUGUGGUUGAGAAAGAUGUUUUACUUGUAAACACCUUACUCAAAACAUUCAAUUACUCACUCUCUUUCAAAAUCAUAGAAGAAAAGUAAAGUAUACAGCAACUAAACAAUAUUUGGAGACGGUUGGGGGCUGGUGUGCUUUCCAUAAUGGAUGGUUAUGAAGCAACCAGAGUCGUGUUCUCAAGAAUCCAAAAUUUGGAACCAGAAAAUGCUUCCAAAAUCAUGGGUCUACUGCUCAUUCAAGAUCAUGGCGAGAAGGAGAUGAUUCGUUUAGCGUUUGGUCCUGAAGCUUUACUUCACUCAGUGAUUCUCAAGGCAAAAAAGGAGCUUGGUCUUCCCACGAACUCUCCUUCAACACCUUCAACCCCGUUAUCUCCUUCUCCUUUUCUUGCAAACAACCCAAACCCUGUUAAUAUUUCAAGACAAAGUUCAUCUGCUUCCAGGCUUCUAGGCAACGGUGGAGUCAAUCUUCCAUCUUCUCUCACGAUCCCUACCAACUCUUCUACUUCUCCUGGUAGUUCUUCUUGGAGUGCUUUAUCUGAUCUUCCAAAUCCUGAUGUGUUGAUCAGUCCAAGCAGUGGGUCUCUAAACCCUUCUCCUUUACACUUCUAUGGAAAUGGAGGAGCUACUGAUAUGAUUGAUGAGUUUCAACUUCAAGACCCACUAUCUUUCCUCAAUGAAAGCUCGCCGCAGCUUAACCCCGAAAACCAUGAUUUGUUCUAUCCGCAAGCAGCUGACUUGUCCUCGAGUUCAGCAGCUGCUGCUGCUUGUGGUAGCACUGACGCUAUAGGCUUCUCCUCAUAUUGGGGAAGCUCGUUUCACAGGAGGAGUAGCUCUGUGAGCGAUAUUUUGGGAGCUGAUGACCCAACUUCAGGGUUUGGGUGGAGACCCUGCUUGUAUUUUGCUAGAGGGUACUGUAAAAAUGGGAAUAGUUGCAGAUUUAUCCAUGGUGCGCUUGGGGAGUCUGGUUCAGUGGUUGCUGGUACAGAUGAUGCGACUUUGGUUGGAUCACCUAACAAGAUUGAGAUGAUGGACCAGUGCCAUGAGUUUCUUAGAUCUAAAUCUGCUCAGCAACAAAGGUUGGCUGCUGCUUCUCAGUUUGUGGCUUCUGCUUCUUUUCCUUACUCCCCAAAGUGCAUGAAUUUGUUUCUUCAACAGCAACAAAAUGAUAGUCAGAGGGCUGCAGCGGCUGCUGCUUUGGUGAUGGGUGAUGAUAUGAACAAAUUUAACCGUUCGAGGCUUGAAAGGAACGGUUUCUCUAUAAAUAGUGAAACAGGAAUGCUUAACCCAGCGUCAAGACAGAUCUACUUGACUUUCCCAGCUGAUAGCACUUUCAGAGAAGAGGAUGUGUCAAAUUAUUUCAGAAUUUAUGGACCGGUUCAAGAUGUGAGGAUACCAUUCCAGCAGAAGAGAAUGUUUGGAUUUGUUACCUUUGUUUAUCCUGAGACCGUGAAGAUCAUUCUGGCUAAAGGGAAUCCUCAUUUUGUUUGCGACGCUCGGGUCCUGGUGAAGCCCUACAAGGAGAAAGGAAAAGUCCCAGACAAGUACAGGAAGCAGCAGCAGCAACAAGUGGAAAGAGGAGAGUUCUCUCCUUGUGGUACUCCAACUGGCCUUGAUUCUAGAGACCCAUUUGACCUUCAGCUCGGAGCAAGGAUGUUUUACAAUACCCACGACAUGUUCUGGAGGAGAAACUUGGAGGAACAAGCUGAUCUGCAGCAAGCCCUUGAGCUUCAAAAUAGAAGGUUUAUGGGUCUGCAGCUCCUUGAUGUUAAGAAGCAUCACCAUCACAGGGCUCUUUCUAGUGGAAGUUCCAUUCCUUCACCGACUCCCUCACCAAACCUUUUCAGCCAGUCCCUUGUACUUCCUAAAUUUCACAUCACUCAAGAAGCUCCACAAGAGAAUUGUUCUAGCCCUUUGCCGGCUGUAUCUACCACUGCUCUUGAGAAGCAAGCAACCAGUACUGCUACUGCUGCUGGUAAAGAAUCAGUCAGUGCCGAAGAGAAUGGUAGUGGCAAGGAAAGCCCUCAUUGUGAAGAUGGUGAUCUGCCAGAAAGUUUGGGGCACAACCUUCCUGAUAGUCCUUUUGCAUCUCCUACAAAAGCCUCUGGAAAGUACUUGUCAGCUUUUUCCAAUGCCGAAGCGGAUAAGGAUGCAUCAGUCUUAGCUUCUUCUGUUAACAAUAAUUGGGUUUCUUCAACCUUGCUUCCUGCAAAUAAUGCAUUAGACAUGGCAUCCUUCAACUCCUUCAACUGCCAAAUGCCCAGGUUCUCUUCUGGACAUGGGACCAUUGGCAUGUAUGCGGGCACUGGCGGCCCUACUUGCCCUGUUGGAAUUUAGCUCCUAUGCUUAGGAAGACUGAAAGUAUAACCAAACAAAAAAAAUUCACAUCAGAGAUCUGUAGAGAACCGCCACUACAAUCAGAACCACCUCAACCAAUAUCGUCAUUAUCAUCAAUACUAUACUACUCACUACCAUACAAAAUGCAUACAUAAAAGGCAGUGAAGGAAGUGGGUCAGCCAUUCCUUUAUUUUGUUGUAAUAUUUGUUAUCUAUUGUUUCAGUAGUUGAGUUUGGACCACAGGUAAAAGCACAGAAGAAAAAAACGGAUCACACAGUCAAAUGUGUAGUUGUAACUCCCCUUGAACUGUAAUUUCUUCCCCCUCCUUUUUUUCAGUACCGAUGGUUUCCCUGGAAGAAACAAGAAAAGGGCAUUAUUUAGUUUUUUAGUUUGUUAGUCUAUGUUUGUUAGGGUGUAAUCACAAUGUCUUUUUGUGUUUGUAUAGCAUCAACAGCAGGGAAACAGUCCAGAGGCAGAAAAGGUAAAUGCAUAGUGUAUUGUGUAUGGCCCUUGAGGGGUAAAAAUGGGGGAGAGACGUGAUCUGCCUGGAGGUUUAGAGGGAAGGUUACAAACAUUAAUUAAAUUUAGUUCAAAGUGUACCUUGUGCAUUUGCUGUUAUUUGUAGCCAGUGGCUACACCGUGUCAACCCUUUUAGAUUAUGAUAUGAGACAGAUAUAAAGAGAAAAAGUUUACCAGUGAAAAUAUAUCAGAAUCCAGAAAGAAGAAAAAAGAGUUGUUCUAAAUUCUAAUGUGAUUAUUUUCUUUUGUUUCUGUCUUUUACGUUUUAUUAUUACGAUAUUGUCUACUAGGACUAGUACAAUAAUUAAUUUGUUUC